AUGUUCCAAUCCUUUACCGGGAACUCACGUCGUCCGCGGCAAGUGAACCUAAGUGGCCGCAACAAUAAUCCCUUCGCUGCAUUCCCCGGAAGCUCCCCAGGCCGACCGGCUCCGCAUGCCUCGAACCCACAGAGCGCUGUUGCCAUUGCACAGCAGGAACGGAUGCAGAGACAGCGGGACAGAGAGAAACACAAUGCGGUUCGGGUCAUCCAGCGAGUGUGGCGGGGCGAUAGCAGUAGGAGGACUACAUAUAACGCGUGGAGAUCAGAGUGGGAUGCCAAAGAGCGGGCUAGGUCAGAUGCUAUGGAUCUCGCUGGCGGAGCCGAACUUGGCGCGGGGAAUAUGGCAUUCCUCUCACGCCUGCCUGCUCCGUAUGCCACUGCAGACCAAUGUCUGGACCAGCUUCGGCUUUUAGUCCAGUUCGUCUCAGCACGGAAGCGAGAUGACAUUCUGCGGCUUAUUUACUUUGUGAAUGCAUUUGAACAGACCUUGCGAAGUCUGCCUACGAUCGCUACUGAAGGCGAAUGGACCAAGCUCCUCAAACGGCUGGCUCUCGCCGUGCUGCGUGCGCUGAAGUCCGCACCCAUAUCCUGCGUUCCUUCUGUUGACGUUGAGCCUUUACUCCGGGGGGUAGUCUUUCUAGUCGAACUAAUCCCCAAGCAAAUGGCCCUAAUCGCUGAUACCUAUUAUGAUGCCAUGGGUUUCCUGACCAUGAACUUGUCAAGUGUGCAAUCUUCCAGCACAAGAGAGUUCACGCCCAGCCCGCAAAGUCUUAAAAACUCUGUCCUUGCUCUUCUGCGGCCCAUCACCUCGGAAACCAUGUCGGCAUAUGAAUCCUUCGCAGCCUUAUAUCUGACCAUCCCCGACCUUGGGACAUACCUUGGCAAGCUUGAUGAUUUGGCCAACCAUAUAAAUUACCGCAUGCUUGCCUUGGCUGUGUCGUCUCGUCUCAGCUCAACUGGCAAGGGCUCUCGCACCCUAGAUGCCAUGCAGGCUCGGAUUUGGUUGUUUUCUUACUUGGUUUUCUUCCACCGAUAUGCCCUGGGUAGUGAAGCGAAUGUUCGAUCACCAGAGCUCGAAUUCGUGAGCGUAGUCUCCGAUCUCCUCACAUCUACGGCGACUCAUCUUAUGCAAGGCCUAGAGGCGGAAGAUCCAAGUGAUCUGGACUCCUCAACAGGCGCACAGCCCUUGCACCCAUUUAUCAAGGAACAGCUCACCAGUCUUGUCAACCAAAGUAGCGUCACUGGACUUCUUUCUCCUAUUCGAUCGUCUCACCAGGCACAAACGGACCCCACAAGAAGCGAGUCUGACGCAUCAAAGGAAGCCCGGGUUCUUGCUACAUAUGCAUUGAACCUACUCAGAAUAUUCCCUCGCCGUGGAGAUGACAUCAGGAUGUGGCUUUACUUGGGAUCAGCUCCGUCUGGAGAGCACAUCUCAGGCCAGCCAGAUGCAAAGGUACCAGCAAUAAAAUAUUUCUGGCAAGCAUCUAAAUCAAGUCGCAUAUUUGAGUUAAUCAGCAGUGACUCAACUAAAGUGCUCCCGUUAUUGCAAGCACACGGAGACUCCAAAGAACCUUCCCAGAUAUCUCAGAACCAACGAGAUCAAGAGUGGACCACCAUACUGCUUUUCCUAGAGCUUUAUACAUUUGUUUUGAAGGUCAUGGACGAUGACGAAUUCUUCUCUAGUACAUCAUCCUUCACAUCUCCGGACGAUAAAGUUUCAUGGACAAGAGAGAGUGCAUUGCCUCUAGGAGAUGUCAAGGAUAUGACGAUUUUCCUCAAAAACCUGGCAUUUACUCUUUACUGGAAUGCCGUUGAUUUGAGUGAGCCGGAGCUUCGACCCACUGCGGUUAGCCUGAGCAGUUAUUUCAGCAACACUGGUUCCACUGCCGAUUCUACCCUGCCAAUCACAAAGGAGUUGGAGGUAAAAAGCCAAACCAACUACCUCCCAGGUGUUACUGGAAUACCCCUAGAGUACUUCAAAGGGCUAGUGACAGGGUUACUUCGAAUGCUACAUGAGAGAGAUUCUCGUCGGAAGUUCCUUCCCAAAGACCACUGGCUUAUGACCAGUCGCUUCGACAUGGAAGGUUUCAUAUCCUCCGUUGUCGCGGAAGAAGAGAAGAGAUACGAAUUCCAAGCCCAGGCCGACGAUCCUGAUCACAUCGAUUUGGUGAACGAAGACACCGAUCGAAUCAACGAGCCAUCCGGGCUAGCAGGGACCGGUCACGCUCAACAGACCAUUCGCUUUGAGGCAUUGAGACGCCACCAACAACGAACUGUACGUGGGCGCAUUUUGGCGGCUAUUGCACCCAGACUAGAGAUUCUCCGAAACAUGCCGUUUUUCAUUCCCUUCACGACCAGAGUUCAAAUAUUCCGGGAGUUCAUCUACCAUGAUCAGCACCGCCGUCGACAUGGGUUUGUGGAACCUGACGCUUGGCGCGCAUCUAUCGCACAGGCCACAAUGGGACAGGUGGUCAAUGGCCAUCCAGUCGUGCAGGAUGUUCUUGGUCGGCACCAGGCUGAGAUCCGGCGUGAGCACGUCUUUGAUGAUGCCUUGGGUCAAUUCUAUCAACUGGGAGAUGGCCUGAAAGAACCUAUUCAAAUCAGUUUCAUUGACCGAUUUGGGAGCAUGGAAGCAGGUAUUGAUGGCGGCGGUGUCACCAAGGAGUUCUUGACGAGCAUUACCAGUGAAGCAUUCAAGACCGAGGAUGGGUUCAACAUGUUUUCAGAGAAUGAUCAGCAUUUGUUAUAUCCCAACCCCACCGCUGUUGAACAGUGCAAGGAACAGAUGCGAGAGAUUCAUGUGAUGGAGCAGAGCACGGAUUGGACAGGGAAUAUUCGAGAGCUGCUUCGGCGAUAUGAGUUUCUCGGACGCAUUAUCGGAAAAUGCCUCUACGAAGGAAUCUUAGUUGACGUCAACUUUGCGCCGUUCUUCCUUCUGAAAUGGGCGUUGACUGGCGGUAGUGGAUCUGCUUUGAAAGAGUCCUCGUACCGAGCCAAUCUUAACGACUUAAAGGACCUUGAUGCAGGUUUAUACCAGGGUUUGUUGAAACUGAAGAACUACCCUGGCGAAGUUGAAGAUUUUGCGCUCGACUUCACGGUGACUGAUACCAUUCCGGUUUCUGGAUCAAAUAAUCGUAUGGUCACAAAGGAAUUGAGACCCGAUGGCUCGAAUAUUCCUGUCACAAACCAAAAUCGGUUGGUUUAUAUUUCUUACAUUGCACGAUACCGCCUGCAGGCACAACCGAUACAGCAAACCAACGCCUUCCUUCAAGGACUGGGACAAAUCAUCCAACCAUCUUGGUUGUCCAUGUUCAACCAAUCUGAAUUGCAGACUCUAGUGAGUGGAGAGACGGGUGACAUCGAUGUGGAAGAUUUGCGACGUAACACGCAGUAUGGCGGAGUAUAUGUGAUCGGUGACGAUAAUCAGGAGCACCCGACCAUCAAGAUCUUCUGGAAAGUGUUGCACCAGAUGACCACGGAGGAACGGCAGAAAGUCUUGCGGUUUGUGACGUCGACUCCGCGGGCUCCACUGCUUGGAUUCAGUCAUCUCCAUCCGCGAUUCAGUAUCCGAGACUCAAGCGAGGAUCAAACACGAUUGCCCAGCACAAGUACUUGUGUGAACUUGUUAAAGCUGCCGCGGUACUCGAAUGCCGAAACACUCCGAACCAAGCUGUUGUACGCAGUGAGCUCAGGAGCCGGAUUUGAUUUGAGUUAG